AUGUCCAGCAGCGUUGGGGUGGGCCACUUUGACGAGAGCGCCAUUGGGAAGGAUAACCAACUAGAGGACAAAGCGGCCCCUCGCAGGGAAGACGAACGUGCGAAAAAGAGGGGCAUUCUGCGGGGAGAGCACAGCAAAAAGAGGGGGAGCCUAAAGAAGGUGGGGCUGCGGGUACACUGGGAGGAUGGCAAAGAAGGUAUAGAUGCCUCCUUUUUUGAGGGUGGUUCGUCUGGCCUAGAUAGGGGAGAGGGCUCUCAUGUGUUUCACAUCGACGAUGGGGAGGAGAAGGCCAAGGAGGCCGCCACCCCAGGAGGGUCUUUCCCCCAAGGAAGUAGUGCUCCACGUGGAGAAGAGACUGUGGAGGAGGUCUGUGCAACACGCUUUGGAAGGGGAGGAGGACCCCUACAUCCAAGCGAUCUAGGAGAACCCCCGCACCAAAGCGAUCUCGGAAGACCCCCGCACCAAAGCGAUCUCGGAACACCCCCGCACCUAAGCGAUCUCGGAAGACCCCCGCACCAAAGCGAUCUCGGAGAACGCACCUACAGCGAAGUCGACGCGUGCACGGAUGUGUUGAGAGAAACGUUGUCGAACUCUACCAUGAUCGACGACAUAACAGAUUUGCAACCAAUCCAUUUAGCAACGAAAGAAGGAAACAUGGAGUUAGUGAAAAAAAUGAUCAAGUCAGGAAUACACAUCAAUAGUAAAACGAAGAUAAGGAAAUUUACGCCGUUGCAUCUGUCCGCAUCCAAAGGAGACCUAAACUCAGUCAAAUUUUUAAUCGAACAUGAUGCAAAUAUUAACGCUCUUUCAUGUGAUAAUGAAACACCUCUAUGGUGUGCCUCCAUGUCAAACCAUCUCCACAUUUGUAAGUAUUUUUUAACACAUGGUGCUCUACCGAACGUGACGACACAAGACAAGAAUUAUGACUCUCCUUUGCAUGCAGCGUCUAUGAUAGGAAAUCUUGAGAUCGUAAAAUUAUUAAUAGAAUAUGGAGCCGAUGUGAGUUGCUUGGACUCGAACCAACUAGAGCCAAUCCAUUAUGCAGCCUUCGAAGGACAUAAAGGAAUUGUGAAAUACCUGAUUUGGAAACAAAUCAGAAAGGCAGUUAAUACAAAAAUGGAAGAAGUAAUCAAGGCUAUGCAGAAAUACGGAGUGUAUUCCAAAACGGUAGAGCAAUUAUAUGUGCUUAAGUGUAAGUCUUUUUAUAAAAAAAGGAUCACGAGUAGAAUACUAUGCUGUGCUAUUACUUCAGGAAAGGAGAAAAUGGUUGAUAUAAUUUUGAGGAGAGGUGCUGAUCCAAAUUACUUCGAUGUGCGAUUACAACUGUGCCCCAUCCAUGCUGCUUCCAUUACAGGGAAUUUGAAAAUAUUUAAAAAUUUGGUCAGGAGAGGUGCAAACAUUUACGCGAAAACGGGAUGUGGAAAUUCAGCAAUUGACUUAACUGAAAAUUUGGAGAUUAAACGAUUCAUUUUGGAACACUCGAGAAGAAUUAACUUGAGGAAUGCCUGGUUGGUUAGACGACGGAAGAGUGCCCACGUGCUCUCUCGCCUUUCCCCCGACGCGUUUUACUACGUGUGCUCCUUUUUGUGA